AUGUCUGCGACGACUACUCAGACCUCCGUGUCCACCACCCUUUCCGGGGCGCAAGAUUCUUCAUAUGUCCCAAGAGGUCCAGUGCACACGAAGUUGAACUUUUUCAGAGAUCCCGAAGACGGCUCAAAGCCGCACAAUUUUGUUGAGAAACAACCCGAAGGCGUGCCACAGCGAAACUUUGGAGAGUCCGUGAUUGAAGUCCAGAUGAAUGAUAUCCGCGGCCGAGAAAACGAAUUCUAUCUCGACAAAGACGCUUUUGAAGCCAUCCAGGGCGUUCCAUCAGAAGAGACGGAAUUUGUUGACGAUGAACAUAUCAAACAGGUCUAUUACCCGGAGGUAGAAAAACUGCUGCUGGAGAAGGUCCCAGGUGCACAUAAAGUCACCAUUUUCGACCACACCAUCCGUCGAUCAAACCCAGAGGCUCCCCGUGCCCCUGUCACCAGAGUGCACGUUGACCAGACGGCGCGAUCGACCGAGUGGCGCGUGAAGCUGCACAACCCGGAAGAAGCAGAUGAGCUUUUGAAGGGCCGAUACCGAAUCAUCAAUGUUUGGCGGCCCAUCAACGGCACCGUCCAAGCGCAUCCUCUAGGAUUUGCCUCGGCCGACACCGUCGAUGACAAUGAUCUCGUGCCCGUGGAGCAUAGAUAUCCCCAUCGGACGGGUGAGACGGCGGCAGUGAGGUAUAACGACAACCAGAAGUUCUAUUACUGGUCUGGUAUGGACAAUGAUGAGAGGCUGUUCUUGAAGUGCUAUGACAGCAAGGAUGGCGUUGGUCAAAGAGUACCUCACACGGCGUUUGUGGAUCCCAGAACGCCCGUGGGAGCCAAGGGCCGGGAGAGCAUUGAAGUCCGUGCAUUGGUUUACGGUUAA